AUGAACGCGGACGGCAUUUACCUGACGAAAAUCGGUCCGAUUGCCAAAACGCACGGUUUAGAAUGGAGCGUGACGGAUUAUUUGUUGAUGACGAUGGCCGUAAGUGCGUUGGUUUGGUACUUGCAAUGGUUGUGGGGCCGAAGGAAAUUAUACACUUACGCGAUGAACGUGCAUGGUCCCAUUAGUCUGCCGAUCAUCGGCUGCGGGUACUUAUUCCUCGGUUCACCUUACGAGACGUUCAAAAAUGUACAAUAUCUAUUGAACAAGUAUCCAUACAUUGCGAAAGUUUGGUUUGGACACCGGCUCUUCUUCGGCGUUCAGGAUCCGAAGCAUCUCGACAUACUGUUGAACAGCCCGAAAGCUUUGGCGAAGGAAAUGUUGUACAAGCAUGCGGAAAGAGCUGUUGGACACGGAUUGUUCACUGCUCCAGUGAAAGUUUGGAAGAAAAACAGGAAGCUUAUCAGUCCGACGUUCAACCAAAGGAUUCUGGAUCAGUUCGUCGAAGUUUUCGCUGAACAGGGAGAGAUUUUAAAUCAACAGUUGGUUAAACAAUGCGAUAAGGAAAUUGAUUUGUUCCAUUUCAUGACCAAGGCCACUUUGGACAUUAUUUGUGAAACUGCGAUGGGAGUUAAAGUGCAUGCUCAAACUUCCGAUUCACUCUUUGGAAAAUGGGCCGAUAGAGUUAUGGAAAUAGUUUUUCUGAGAAUCUUCGUAAUUUGGUACCACUCGGACUUUUUGUUCAGUCUGUCGCCACUCAAGAAGGAGUUCGACGAAAUUUUGGCCAAAAUGCAUGAUUUUACACGAAAAGUUGUUGUUCAAAAACGUGUUGCUUUCGAAAAGAAAAUGAAGGAGUCGCAGUUUGAGGCUCAAAUUGAAGAAACUACAAAGAGGAAGGCAUUUUUGGACUAUUUAAUCGAGCUGACUUACACAAAAGACGGUUCAAUCUUCACAGAUGACGAACUGAGACAAGAAGUCGACACUUUCAUGAUUGCUGGCUCUGACACAACUGCCACCUCAAAUUGCUUCACCUUGAUGUUACUGGGAAUGUAUCCAAGUAUACAACAAAAAGUUUACGAAGAAGUAAUAGACGUUCUGGGCCACGAAAGGCUGGUUACACACACCGACUUGCCAAAACUUAAAUACACAGAAGCAGUCCUGAAGGAAACCUUAAGAUUAUUCCCGGUUGGACCGUUCAUAGUGAGGGCAGUCGACGAAGACUUGGACUUAGGUGACGUGGUUUUGCCAGCGGGUUGUUCGGCAGUUCUGGGCAUAAUAAACGUGCAAAGAAACCCCCAGUAUUGGAAAGACCCACUCAAAUUCGACCCCGAACGUUUCCUACCACCCAGAAGUGAUGGCAUACAACCGGGCAGUUACAUACCCUUUUCAUGGGGUCCCAGAAAUUGCAUCGGCCCAAAAUACGCAAUGAUGGCGAUGAAAUCUAUAAUAACUGCAGUAAUUAGAAAUUAUACCGUCAGUUGUGGCUAUAAAACAAUUGAGGAGAUCGAACUGAAGACGAAUCUUGUUGUCAGGCCCACCUACGGGUUUAAAGUUACUUUCCACAAGAGGAAAACUGACCAAUAGGUCAAAACAUGAGAAAUAACGAAGGAACGAUUUAUUUAAUUGAUUUUUCAGUCGGUGGUCCAGCUUUAUGGCUAAAACUUUGACGUCAGUCAAUUAAAAUAAGUAAUAAGUGUAGUUUUAGUUAAUGAGCGUUAUUUAUUGUUUGCUUGGUUUUUUUGCGUCAAUUUUUAAUUAAACGAUAAUAAUUAUA